AUGUCAGCAAUUUCUUACGCUAAAAGGCACGAUUUUGGUAUCAAACAGCGUUUUGUGAGACGAUACCACAGUCUAGCAAAUAGAGCAUUACUUACCAGAGGCAAUCUUCUAUUGCCAGAGUUUUCUCAAUUGAAAACUGAUAUUGAGCGCGUUGAUUACUUCAUGGAAAUUCUGCGCUCUGCUAAUGAAGGCAAGAGUCUCGAUGAUAUUUUCUCCAAAAACUAUGUGAGACUACUAGUGAAAUCCGACAAUGGUAAAAGUGACCAUGUUUCUAGAGUAUAUCUACUACACGGAAUGGAAGCAAAGGAAAAAGAUGAUUAUUAUAUGGCGCUUUAUGGUCUGACGAAAGCGAUUUUCCAUGCUGCCACCAAAGAACGUCUUGCAUUGUCACUUCUUGAGAGAUCCGACCUGCUCUUCCUUUUAGGGUUAUACAAGGAGGCCAUACAUGAUGUUAAGGAAGCACUUCGAGUGAGCAUUUCUGAUUGUGAAGUCAUCGCCGAGUCCAAACCGGUUGGAUUAAUCUUGUCUGUUAAUAGGACCAAAUACUGCUACACGUGCCUCAAGAGAUGUCAUAAUCUCCUGCCUUGCCAAUCUUGUGCUCAAGUUGGAUUUUGUAGCACGAAAUGUGCCAAACGGGCAAAAGAAGAUAAGAGGAAAGGGGAUUUCUAUCCACACCGACACAAAUACGACUGCAAUGGCUUUCUACCCGUUAUAUUCAAUUGCUUGAAUGCUAAAAAUCCGAAAUCGAUCGGGCGUUUAAAUCAUACCGCUUAUACCUGUAUCGCAAAUACCAAACCACGACGUCUACUUCAAUUCAUCUGUUCAAAGGGGAAGUACAAGAAUAUUAACCUAGGCAACAUUUAUAUGCUGUUUAGACCAAUGGCACAAACAGAAGGAAUUUGCCAUAAAUUAACUAGCAUAAAUUUUGCAUUGUUACUAUAUAUUUGCCUCGUAUUCUUACUUAAGAAAAGAAGAGGACAUCCAGCCUUCUUUGGAAUCGAACAUGUUCGAAAAGGUUCCCCACCUUUAUGGAAUUCAUCCGACUAUGCCUCCGUUGCGUGGUUAAAUCCCUAUUCUAACAAGUGGAACAGUGUGGAGGGGACAUACGGCACGAUGAUGCUGGAUUUCACCGUUGCCUCAGUCCUUCUUACUUACUGUCUCCAUCUUUGUGGCUACCCAAUGGACUGGACCUAUUCAAAGUCAACUCGAUUUUCAGACAAACCACCAGCAAAUUGGAUUGCAGCUUGUUUGCUCUAUCAUUUACAAUCAAUAAACGUGAACGCAUUUUCAUUUUGUGACAUUAUAAGAUGCGACCAGGUGUCUAAAUUUGAAGAUCUCGCAUCUCCCAUCUAUCCGGCAUUUUCACUUAUCAAUCACUCCUGUGAUCCGUCAGCCAUUCUCAUUGCGUCGACGAAGGGUGUUGGUCUUCUAGUAGCACUGAAGGAAUUGAAGGCUGGAAGUGAAGUUAACAUAGCAUAUUACGACAUAUAUACUCAUAGGAGUACGGAGGAACGCAAAGAAGGACUCAAAAAUAUGUUCUUUUUUGAAUGCAAGUGUGUAGCCUGUGAAAAUGGAUGGGAUGAUGACAAUUCUGAAGAAAAAUUGAAAUGUCCUCGAUGUAAUCUUGGUUUGUGCUUUGCUGAAGAGGUCUGUUUAAACUGCAAAUCAAAUCUUCCCCAUGAAGAAGCGGAACAGAUGUUUAGAGACUUCAAUGUUUUUGUUGAAUAUGCAUCGCGUGCAAAAUGGACUAAAGAAGAAAAGCGUAGACUUUCAUCUUUAAUAUCGAAGGUCCACUCUCUGGUUUCGCCACCUAGUAGGAUGGCGACUACACUUCGAAUGGUACUUUUUGAUAUGAUUUUAGAAACGCUGCAACUGUGGACUUAUGAAUCGUGGAUAGCUAACUUUUAUGUCUGCAAUUAUUUCGAGGAAUCACGGGAAUUGAGAGAGCACAGAAGUCUUAUAUUGGAAUAA